UCUGGCUGCGGGUUUGGCAUCCUGAUCCUGGCACUGCUGCUGCCCGCCGCGUGGAGCCCACGGCUCGCGCGUUCGGUCACGAUCGCGUCGGACAUGGCCGAGCAGGUGGGCGAGGCCGCGCGGCGCGCGAUGCAUGCGGGAGCUAAUGCAUCUUCGAGCGCAGCCCAGAUUUUCUCAGCAAUCACAGAUAACACCCUUAUCUUCGCAGAGACAGUCUGGGAGGGGAUUGACCUCACCAGUGUCACCGUCAAGAGCUCCGCCGGCCGCCUCUUUUUCGACGGCAGCGAUGACCUCUUGGAGGCCAUCCUAGCGCCAAAGGCGCAAGGCUUAAUGGCCUUGCCUUCCCACUGGCGCCACUCCCUCGCCCGCGUCCUAGAGCUUUCAUCUCCGACCCGACCUCUGGUGGAAGUCCACUGGGAUCACUUCUGCAGCAGGGGGCGGUUUACGGCGCUGGAGCUGUGGAUGAAGCAUUUUGACGUAGGCCAUGUGGACCUAGCAUGGCGCAGCGCCGAGGCAUCCUUCACAGCCUACUGGAACCUCUUCUCGGACAUCUCGCCCGAGUACCUGAAGAUCGAUGCGAUGCUGCAAGAGGCUCUUGAGGCCACCAUCCCGCAGCCCGACCUGUCGCUGUCCAAGGGCGCCUUGGGCCACGCCCCAGUUCUGGUGGCGCCUUCCUUCGUCAUUCGAGCUUGGCGCUGGGUCUGCCGGCUGGCGAGCUGGGCCACAGGGCCACAAGACGGGGGCGUGGGCCCGAGGCUUUCGACGCCGACGUCGGAUGACACCGUGGCCGAGGGCAUCACGGCCCCCCUCAAUGCCGGCCCUCACGACGGCGACAACUCCACAGAGUCGCCGGGCCUGAACAUCACUCCGACCGCUAGCGGGGGGCAGGAUACCUCUCUGAAUGUGCAGUGA